ACAUUGUCCAAUCGUGUGCGGGAUCGACCCGUUGUAUCCAACGAGAGUGGACUUUCAACAAACUCGACAGAAAAGCGGAGACAGGCAGACACCAUUUCUCUCUCAGCGCCUUUGGACGUCUAUCCACACGAAGGCAAAGAGCCAAGAAAUAAAUCAUCUUUUUCUAAACAGGAAUAUUAUUAUCUAGCUAGCUAAAUUAAAUUACAAAAUUAGCCAUGGCCGAUACAGCUGUUGACACUACCGCAACUGCAGAGGUUACAGCCAAGGAGCUGAAAGAGAAGAAAGAAGUAGAAGUGAAGCAAAAGGAGGAGGAGGAGGAGGAGGAGAAGACCGACAACGGGGACGCACCUGCCAAUGGCACAAAUGGUGCUGAUCACAGUGACAAAGUGGGAAAAAACGGAGAGGAGAAACACAAGAAUGGAGAUGGGGAAGCAGAGGAGGCGCCCCCUGCUGAGGAGACUGACGCACAGCCUGCAAAGCGUGCAGCUGAAGAGGAGGAUGAGGAAAAGGUGGAGACAAAAAAGCAGAAAAAAGAGGAAAAUGGAGAUUCAAAAGAGGAAGAAGUGAAGGCUUAGGUCUCUGCCCUGUUACGUGUUUGCAGCACUCUUACCAGCCUUAACAUCCUGUUGUAGAGCUUGUGCUUUCUGUACCUUUUUUUUGAGAAAUAUCUUUUAGUUUGCGCCCAUGUUAUCACAUUGCACUGGAGUCCUGAAACAUAGUGGCCCUGCAUCCUUUUUUUUAUGAAAUGUUAUUUAUUGGUCUUUAAAAUUAGCUUUUUUUCUACUUGUACAAAUUGGGCCACACCAUGAGAUCAGUUUUUUCAUUUCUUGAGGUUUUAUAUCGGUAUGUUAGAAGCACAAUCUCUAUGACAGUGCUGACCAGAAGAUUCAUACAUAUAGGCAGCUGCUCACCUCCAAGGCUCAUGUUGACCUCAGAUCCACUUAAAGGACCAAAGAUAAGUUUUAAGCAGGGGCUAAUGGACAGUUAUUAGCAUUAUUAGUUGAGGCAUCAUUUUUUGUGUUGAGCUGCUAGUUAAUCCUUGGCUUGGCUGCCCUGUUAAAAUAACAGAUGGUGCAAAUAAAUAAAGGGGCUCUGUCUUGUGCCUCCAUGAUACAAUAUCUUGAUCUUGUUUUAUGGAAGCAAGAUUUUGCAAUUUAAAUUAACCCCUCUUAAAUCUUAAAGCUUUGGUCAUUUGUUCUGUAUGCAUUCCACGCAAGUUUGUACCAUUUAUAUUUUGUGUUUUUUUUUACAUUUUCAAUGAGUUUUAUGUUAUGGCUGGGUAGCCCAGUUUUGUGUCAAAGACUGCCUUUUUCAGAACCAGAAUGACAUUCGGUUAGUUCAGCCACUGCUUUGUAUAUUCUGAUUAACAAAUAAAUUGUCUUUUUACUUAA